UGCAUCUACUUGCGAAAGUUUGAUGUCCGAAUAUGAAGAAGAAGGCACAUGAAAAUAGUGGAUUGAUAUUCAUUAUUCUUAUCUUUCAUAGUAUUAUAAGUAGUUUUCUCGUUCAGACGUUCUACGUUCCUGAUGAGUAUUGGCAAUCUCUCGAAGUCGCUCACCGUUAUGUAUUUGGUUACGGAUACUUAACUUGGGAAUGGAAAGAAGGCAUUCGAAGUUGUACAUACCCACUGGCAAUUGCUUUUAUUUAUAAAAUAUUAAAUGUAGUUAAUUUAGAUAAUUUAAAGUGCUUGAUUCUUUCGCCGAGACUGCUACAAGCAUUAUUAACUGGAACUGGAAAUUAUUAUAUUUAUAAAUUAUCGAUUUUGCACCAUGGUUACAGAACUGCUAGAUGGACACUUUUCAGUCUACUUACGUCGUGGUUUUUAUUUUACUGUGCAUCUCGAACCCUAUCUAAUACGGCUGAAAUGGCUAUUGUUUCGUAUGGAUUUUAUCUUUUUCCGUGGUUUAAUUCUUCGGUCGUCAAAUGGAAAUAUUUGUGGUUUGCGGGAUUGUCGUGUAUGAUUAGACCUACUGCGGUUAUAUUAUGGUUGCCUUUAUAUAUUUGGCAUUGUGUGCAAGAAAGACGACAAAUAAUGUAUUUAUUGCUCAAAACAAUUAUUGUAUGUGCUUGCUGUGUAGUUGCUAUGAUAAUUUUUGAUUGGUUUUGCUUUGGAAGGUUCAUUUUCACACCGUAUCAGUUUAUGUAUUUCAAUUGGAUACAUAACAUCGGAACGUAUUACGGAUCUAAUUCGUGGCAUUGGUAUUUUACGCAAGGAUUUCCAGCAGUUAUGGCGUUUCAAUUGCUUCCAUUUUUAUUGGCAUUUCAGUUUCAUCAAACAUUUCAUUAUUUGAAGCUAAUAUUAUGGUUGUUAACUGUACUCAGUUUUGUAAGUCAUAAAGAAUUCCGAUUUUUAUUGCCAGUUUUGCCACUUUCUUUACACGUUAGUGGUAUUGGUUUAGAUAUAUUAGCACAAAAUGGUCGAAAGCAUCGUUAUCUUCAUAUAUCUUAUAGAUCUAUAGCAAUGGCUAUUGUAAUUUUAAUUGGAAAUUUUUCACUUCUAGUUUAUACAUCAUUUUAUCAUCAAAGAGGAACUUUAGAUGUCAUGGAUUAUCUGUCAAAAUUAGCUGUUCAAAACAAGAAAAUGAACGUUUUAUUUCUAAUGCCAUGUCACUCAACACCAUUCUAUAGUCAUAUACAUCAAAAUAUCACAAUGAAAUUUUUGACAUGUGAACCAGAUUUUCUUAAUCAAGUAGAUUAUUUAGAUGAAGCUGAUGUAUUCUAUGGGAAUCCAACAUUUUGGUUAGCAGAAAAAUUUGGAUCUGGUAUUGAUGUUGAAAAUAACAAAAUAAUCUUACCCAGUCAUAUAGUAAUAUUUGAUGUACUAUUUUAUCAUAUUUCUGAAUUUCUUCAUUAUCAUAAUUAUGAUCAAUGCUUUAAAACAUUCCAUACAAAGUUUCCACAUGGUAGAAUAGGCAGUUAUGUAAAAGUAUUUUGUCAUCAACAAACUAUUGACUAAAUAUUAAUCUUUUAAUGUGAUAUUUACCAAUACUGGUAUGAGAUACAUAAUUACUAUGUAGUGAUGGUGGUAUGGUUAUUGAUAAACAUGCCAAUUUAUUUCAUAUGACUAACAAAAAUGAUUUAAACAGUAAAAAAUGAGAUUCUGAUUUUAUUUUGCUCUGCUUUGAAUUUUUUCACUCAUCAGUAGUAGUUAAUGUAUUUUAUGUAGUUAACUGAGUCCAUAUGAAUCAUUCUGAAAUAUUGUCAAAAGAAAGCAUGAAUGCAUGUCAAUUUACAGAUAAAAAAUUGAGGUAGAUAACACACUAAAAGAAUGUCAAUAUUUAAAUCUAGUCUUUAAUCAGAUAAUUUAACAUCUCAGGAUAGCAUUGUUAAAUUUUAUUUUUAAUAUGGUAAAAUUUUGGAGUUAAAUUAUGUUAUAAAAUAUCAGUAAAUUAUUAACAUGUAAAACUUAUAUCUGAUAAAAAGAAUUAUUAUAUUGAUUAUAUAUGA